AUGACACAAAAAGGCCUGGCUCAAAUGAUUGACGGCGACUACUACAGUUCUUACUUCAAUCCCGACGUGGUUCGCCAAGCCCUGAGAUUUAUCCCGGGCAGGGGCGACAUCGUACAGAUGGCUUUUCCCGCCUCCGGCACCCACUGGAUGCAGCAGAUUACUCAACUCAUCGUUCACGGAGGGCGAAGCGCCAGCUCCUACCGAGAGUUUGCCAGCAGGUUCCAGUUCCUCGAGUACGUCGGUACACCGGCAGGUGUAGAGUCCACGCAGUCACCCCGGUUUCUUCCGACGCACCUGCAACCGGGACAGAUCACCGUGGCACCCGAGGCGAAGUACAUCUACGUGGCCCGCAAUCCCUGGGACGUCUGCGCUUCGCUGUACGACCUUCAAGGGGAACUUCGUGGACCCAACGGCGGGCAAACGUUCGACGAGUUUGUGUCCCUGUUCCUGGAAGGGCUAGCGGGACCCGGAGACUACUUUGAGCACGUGCGCGCGGCCUUCCAGAGAAAAGACGAGCCGAACGUCUUCUUUGUGACGUACGAAGAAAUGACGGAAGACCACGGAGGCGUUGUUUUGCGCCUCGCAGACUUUCUCGGUAGCGAAUAUUGUCGGCCGCUUCGAGAAAACUCGGAACUACUAGAUGAAAUCGUCAGGAAGUCCACCUCCGAAUACAUGAGAAACAUGUUGGCCCCGCCCACGCAGGAUGUAAACAAAUGGCUGCCAACUAAGGCGGAAAAUGUGGGCACGGCACUGGAUGCACCGGCAGCCAAAGUGCUUCCGCCAGGUGGUGACUAG